AUUUUAAAACAUUCGUACAGUUGAAAUGGAGAUUGCAUUGAUAAGAUUUGGAUUUUUUUAAAUUCGCAUUCUAAAAAUCAUGUGUUUUAAUUAUGGAAAAAAUAAGAAGAAAAAUAGUGGUAGUGGGUGAUGGUGGGUGCGGAAAAACCUCUUUAUUAUCAGUGUAUUUAAACGGCGAAUUCUCCAGUAAGCAUAUACCAACCAUUUUCGAUACCAGCUACAAAGAACUGGUGAUCAACGACAAAGGAGUUGCCCUUUCUAUCUAUGAUACAGCAGGGGAAGAGGACUAUGACAACUUACGACCUUUAUCGUAUCCUGAUACCAAUGUAGUGUUAAUAUGCUAUUCAAUAUACAGCCCUACAUCUCUGGAAAACGUUCGAUUAAAAUGGUAUCCAGAGGUCAAGCAUUUUCUACCACAAGCCUAUUAUAUUUUAGUAGGAACAAAAUUGGACCUUAGAACGACAGAUUCGAAGAGAAAAAAAUCAGUUACACGUGCAGAAGGUCUUAGAAUGGCUAGAAGAAUUGGAGCAGAUGACUAUCUGGAGUGUUCAGCUAAGCUAUCCCUAGGGAUUAGUCAGCUAUUCGAAAACGCGCUAGAAAUGUCUCUAGUCCCUAAGAAAAAGGGCUGUUUUAGUGAUUGCUUUUGUCUGUAAACCAUGUACCUUAUUUUUUAUAUUAUAAACUUACCGUUCUUUUAUAUUAACAUCUGCUAUAACACUCGCUGUGUACACAUUAAUAAAAAUUACUAAGUAUCUAUGAAAAA